AUGAAUGCUGGAGAAGAAAUGAAAAUAGGUGACAAUAAUGCUGCAACGCCUCAAACGGCGCAGUCCUAUGUAGCGAGAGAAGAGCACGCAGGUUCCACUGGGGCUGGGCGCACUUCAGUCUUGAUGACAAACCCAAUAAGCAUUGCCUUGAUGACUCUGUGGGCCUUUUCCUGCGAGGGAGCGCUGCUGCUCAAUAUAUUGGGCGACGUGUUUCAGAGUCAAGCUCCUGCGUUCCCACUGAUGUCCACGAUCACCACGAGCUUUGGGCUGAAUGUACUAUGCGCUAUUAUCACCGUUUUUCUUGGGCGACUGUCGCUCAAAGGAUUUAAGUUUUACCAACCCUUUGCCGGGGGUCAGUCCUUUGUGGUGAUGCAGGGAUUUGGAUAUUGUAUACUGGUCGUUACAAGUAUCCUUCUGUUUGUGUAUGUGGAGCAGAUUCGGACUCCCUCAGCCGUUUUCCGUUAUGGAAUGUUGACUGUCUUGGGUUGCUUUAGCGCGUUGGCGAGCAUUACGCUGAUGACGUCCUUGUUGUUUUUUGUACCGACACUACAUCAGGGAGAGAGUGGUGCAAAAAAACGUUCUGCAUCAAAGAAUGAGGCGUCUGCGUGGUGGCACAACCUCUCCGCGUCCCCAAAUGGUGAAAUUGUAAUUGUUGUGUCAUUUUGCGUCGUACUUCUUGUGUGUACUUCUCUUGCAGAGUAUUACCCGGACAUGCGUCGUAUCAGCUCCAUCAUUACCGCAGUGCUCCUGUCCCUUGGCCUUUUUAUUGUCCACAUAAUUGUCGGUUACACAUGCACCCCGGGAUAUCGUCUUUUUAUGCCGAAUGCGGGUACUCUCAGAAUGAGUUUGAUGCAGGCCUUUGGUUGGUUUCUUGCGAUUUCAACUUUACAUUUAGAUAUGUUUCUCUAUAAGACAGGUCCUGGUGCAUCGUCAUCAUUGCAUAUAUUGGCUGGAUUGAGUUCAGUAAUUAGCUUGAGCACACUGCUGUUGUUUAUACGCCUGCAUCGCUUUCCAGAUUUUGCACAAAGUGAGAUGUCUGUGGUUGGCGAAUACGGUCCCAUGGUUUUGACAGUGACGAGUGCCAUUCAUGCCGCUGUGGUGUGGGGCUUAGCACUCAUUCUCUCCUCCAAUGCUUACAAUGAGGAGCCACAGCUGCGUCAAGGGCUUGUGAUGUGUCAGACCCUCUCCUCUUUGAUUACCUUUGCACUUCCGCCCUGCACCCAUCUAUUGGGCCGCGUCGCAUUUGGCAGGGAGUAUGAGGUCUGGAUGCCCUUUAAGGGGCCGCUGGAGUUUGUGGUGUUGCAAAGUGCCGGUUGGACGUGUUAUGGGGUGGCAAUUUUCUUUGCGACGCUUCAGAUUACUGAGAACCUUCAUUUUCGCUUCGCCAUUAUUGAGUCCUCGCUUACGGCACUUUCACAGGGAUUUAUUCAUGUCUCGUUGCACCUGUUUGAUGAGGGGCGUAAAGACAGCAAGGCGAGGAUGGAGGGCUUGCCGGACUCUUUGCUCAGGAGCAAUAAGGUGGUUGCCGACGACAAUGACAUGGAGGACGCGGAGCCUUCGUUGUAUGAGUUGGGUGGUUCACUCGUCACGACAGUGCUAAAUGGGGAGAUGUUAACCUCCAUUUUGCUUUCUACGAUUGGACUCAUCAUUCGGUUGGUGGCCGAUGUCGCAGUGGAAAGUGGAAACGCUUUAGAUGAGGUGGUGCAUAUUCCGACGGAGUCGCUUCUCAAUGUGUCAACCAUCAUCUCGAUUCUUGUAGUGCCCAUAGCCCAUAUUUCUAUGCGAGAGCGUAUUUCGGUGUGGUGUCCAUUUGUGGGUUGCGGCGGCUAUGUAGCAAUGCAAUCGAUUGGCUGGUCAAUCUACGCGAUUAAUCUGUUUGUUGCUAUUGCCAACGCUCUCAGCGAGAAGCGGCAAAGUCUGCUGUUGUCCAAGGAGGAAGGCCAUUUAUUUCUGGGGUACACCGUGGAGGGUUUGAUUGUGACAAUUCCGCUUGCCUGCAUUAUUAUUGGGGCCUUUUUUGAGACGCAGGAGCAAAGCAGCAGGAAGGGGAUUCAGGAACGCAAAAAAAAGGAGGUGCUUGAACUAUUUCGUGUUUUGAAACGUGCAAUCCCCGACGAGGAGGAGUUACACCAUGCCGAGGCACUACUGAAGGCCAUUGCAGGUCCACGAUGGGUGGAGCCACCUGCAACAGAUGGGGCGCGACUGAUUCGAGAGGCGGAAGAGACGGCAGAUGCAAGGCAGGAGGCAGCCACCCAUAUUGUGACUAUUCUGAGCGUUACGAGCGCAUUGGCGUUUAUUUCAGCCGCCUUUUUGGAAGAACGUCAGCCUGUUUUUACCCUUGUUUUUGGUGCUGCCGGUAUAGUGGUGACGACGAUUUCUUGCUUUUCUGUGCAUUAUAUAUACGGCACCUUCCUGCAUCGUGCAUCAGGUCAAUACUCCUUUUUUAUGCCGUUUUCAGGUGGUCCCACGUUUGUGACACUUCAAGCGGUUGGCUGGGGGUUCUACACCGUGUCCGCCUUGUUGAUCGCCCUAAGUUGCGCGGAGGGUCGCGGCUCCGCGAUUAUGUUUGUCACCACUGGCAUCUUCAGCGUCAGUGCACAGUACUGCAUUCUAAAUUCGGUACCACGGUUUGACCCAACCCCGCGUCCCGCAUCCGUGCUGGAGCUUAACGCGGAAGGCAUUGUUGCCGUGCUGGCGCUGAUCGGUUCCUUUGCCUUCGCGAUGGUGUAUGACCUCUACGCGCAAGGCCGUGUUUCGGGGAUGACAUCAUCGCUCCUUCCUAUCACCGUCUCUGCAGUCUCUACAUGUUUUGCUGUUCCACUGGGUCUAGUGUCGCUCAAACGUAAUGCGGACACGUAUUCCAUUUCGGUCUUUGGUAUCUUUGGCAAUUCCAUUGACUCCAGCGAGAGUGAAGAUGAGUUUAAUAGCACGACUUCACAGAGAGGUGGUGCUUUGGUGACGCCGUCCAGUGACACGGGGCAUCGCCGACAAGUAAGCGAGAUGAGUAGUGAAGACGGUAGAGUGUACUAUUUGCAACACGUAUCCCCAUUACUGAGUGAGUCCAUGCAGACCUCCCAGGUGCGUCAAAGGGGUGGCCUGCGUGGUUCCGUAUACAUGGCAUGCUUUAUGGUGGCCACCACUUCCGCAAUUUUGGCAUCAACCCUUAUUCCAUUAGCUCUUGCCUACAUUGUUUACUGCAAUGCGUACAGUGGCUUGGAGGCGGUUACCGCCGCCUCGGCGUCUCUUCGCUUUUUAUUAAUUGGCUUUGGAGUGGCUGUACUUGUUCCUGUGUUUGCCCCUGGAAAGGGGCCAGAUUCACGUAAAAGCUUGUGGCGUCGUUUUUAUUCGGCACUCUGCUGUUACGGCCUUUAUUCUAUACCAACAAUGGUGGUGGUGGGUUCUUUAGGGCUUCCAUUGGUGAUAGAUACAUCAGGAACGCGCGCUUUUGCUACGAGUAUGCUUGUCGUGUCGUGUCUGUCAACAAUUCCACAUAUUCAUCUGAUUUCAAUGCUGGCGAAUGUCUCUCUUCUUGGCUAUUUUUGGCAUUAUCACCUGUACACAUGUUUGGUGGUGGGGUCGGAGGUGUUCAUGCCAUGGAAGUUUGUUUUGGACACUUUAUUGACGGCAUUUUGGCCGUUGUAUUUCCACCGCUUCCUUGGACAGCCUCAUGUUACGGGGCGUUUGUACAGUCCAAGGGCAAAGCGAUUUUGGAGUCGAUGGGUGUACUCUGCUGUGGCGAACUACUUUGGUCUUCGCGUCCUUGUUGACGAGGAUGAGUCGAGACAAGGGGAGCAGCAGCACCACACACCCGGCGAGCGCGUUAACUUGAACAAUCCAGAAAACAAGUACCUCUUCUCUUUUCACCCACAUGGCGUAUUCCCUGGCACAGUGAUGUGGGCAACAAACACGCGUCAAUGGGCGAAGGCUGUGGGAUGCAACACGGAGAACUUUCUCUCGGUGCAUUGUGCUGAUGUUCUUUUUGCUGUUCCCAUGAUGCGAGACUUUGUGUUGUCCAUGGGAGGUAUGACGGUGGCGCGUAGGGGUAUUGAGUGUAGUCUCUUGCAGGGUAACAGCGUGGUUGUAGUGACAGGGGGACAGGCUGAGAUGCUCUACAGCAAAUAUAGCCGCAAAGAAAUGCAUCUGGUAACGCACCAUAGUGGAUUUGUGCGCAUGGCAAUGACGCAUCGAGUGCCACUUGUACCCAUUAUCAGCUUUGCAGAAAACAAUGUUCUGAGCAACGUGAGUUGCUUAGCGCUGCAGCGCUAUACGACGGCAAAGGUGGGGUUUCCGUUCCCAACCGUACCCUAUGGAAGAUGGUACCUGCCGCUGCCCAACCCACUGCCUCUCACGGUCGUGGUGGGUAAACCAAUUUUGCCUGAGCCUGGCAUGGAUGUCCCGGAUAACCUGGAGCACGUUCAGCGGUACCAGCAGCGUUACUUUGAGCACCUUGAGGCGCUGUUCCUCAAGUACCGCGCCAAGGCUGGGUACCCGGACAUGACACUCGUUCAGCACCACCGCAAGGAGGUUCGCCGGAUGUAG